UCGCCCCAGAUGCCCACGGCGGGCACGGACUGUUUGCGGCGACGGCGCUGCCGCGGCACCACAUCAUCGGCGAGUACACGGGCACGCUCGCGCGCGGCUUCCUCGCUUCCGACACCACGGCUUGUAGCGCGGCUUGCGGCACCGAGAGGCUUUCUGCAGCGCGAGCCCUCGAGGUUCUCGCCAACCUUCGGCGGGAUUCGGCCGCAUGGUAGGCGCCGACCGGUAUUUGAUGCGCUACCCGGACGCCGCGGGCAGCCUGCACCUGUCCGCUCGCUCCGCAGGCAGCCUGCUCCGCUUCGUCAAUCACGCGCCGCGGGGCGCACCGGCGAACAACGCGACUUGCUGGGCGGUGCUCGUGGAUGGGGCGUUCCACAUACUCGUGGCGACGACGCGUGCGGUCGAGAAGGGGGAGGAGCUCGCGUACGACUACGGGUCUGCGUAUUGGGCGAGGCACGGGUGAAGCAGAGCUCCCUUUCUACUUCACCAUGAGCCAAGCGCUUUGGUGUGUUUGGGAUUGGGUGUGGCUUUCUUAUCGGAGUUCUCGCAGUCCUCGAGAGAGAGAGAGAGGAAGGUCCUGGUGCAGAGAAGAAUGUACAGGCACAGAGAGAGAGAGACGUACAGAUUCGUACAGCGGUCCAGGUGGAUAUGAAAUGUGUUUUAUCUCUGUACUAUGAGUCACGGUACUGAC